AUGACUGGAAGAGGAAAAACCCCUCGGAGAAUGACCACGAGGAAGAGAAGGACUCGAGAUGUUGACUCGAUCACCUCUCCUUUGAAGUCUCGCACCCACCCAACCCUUUCUAUCCAUUCUGUCAGGCCAAGGAAGAUACCGUCCAUCAUCGCCAUAUCUUCCAGCCGUCAUGAGGUGAAAGGAAAAGGUAUCGACCAUGAUGAACACCCACUGCUUAGGCCUGAGGUCUGUACAGGGAAGGAAAGCCCCAAUGAAAAGGAAAAGGAAGGCCUAAAAGGAAACUCCCAUGUGUGUGCAGUAUCUGACUUUGUUUUAACUUUUCUCAUUAUUUAUGCCCACCUUGCAAUAACUUUUCUCAUUAUUUCUGACAACCCUGUGCAGGAUGUUCUAAAUACAGUGACUGGAUUGAAGGAAGAUGUCAACAAGCUCAUGCAUGCUGUUGGGUUCUUAGCAAAUGCUUGGUGCAGCCAAAACACCAUAAGUUCUCAUACAGCCACACCAGAGAAACCAAUUUCAGUAGGAACUGAAUAUGUUAUCACCCCAAAGUACUCUCUCCGAACUGCAGCUACUGAAGAAAUCCUUCACAAAUUCUUGAAGACCAACCCAACAAAUGAGAAAGCUAAACCCACAGAUGUAAGUGGACUGGUGAAGAAGCUGUUCUCUCCAUCUGAGUUUCAAACCAUACACCCUGUUCCACUAGGCACCAAGACAGCUACCCCUUCCUUUAAGCCAAAUGACAUGGAUCCCACCAAGACAGCAACUCCUUCAUCAAAACCAAAUGACAACACUCCUUUGUGCACUCCAGUCCCUCCAAUUGAUCCAUUAUAUAUUCCCUCUUGGCUGCUUAGCUUGUUUGGACCUGCUGUGACAGAGUCCCUAAGCUACAUGGAGGCUGCUGUGGCUUGCUAUAUCUUUAAGAGGUGUACUGCUGGAAGUGCAGACAGCAAGGAGACAAUCAUCAAACCAAUCCUGAAUAAUGUUGAUGGUACUCGCCGCAUUAUGCAAUUCCUGAAGCCCAAAAAGAGUGUUGACCAAGAAAUCAUAAACUUGACUGCCUGCAUGUCGACAUACACUGAAAGAGCCUUCAACAAGAAUCAAACCACUUGGUUCUUGCCUACUUACUUCUCAGUAAGUUUUCCCUCUGUAGUAGAAAUAUGUUAG